AUGGCUUUAUAUGCGGACAGUCUUGCUUCGCUGCCAUACUCAGAAGUCCUGAACCAGUGUCUACGAAUUGGCAGCAUCAUCUCGACUGCAUCUUCAUAUGCCGCGCAACGUAGCUCUUCUCGACCGAGCAAGUCCCGAGAUAUGAGGGAAAUCGGAUGCGGACUCCAAGGCGCAGCCUUUGAGCAGCCAGGACAACCGCAUGUUCUUAAGAAGGAACAUCCGGGCAAUUCCGCUCUGCCAACAAACAUUCGGCACGAACAUCUCAUGCAUGAGCUCGUUGCAGCAGCCUUUGAUCAAUUCAGCACCGUUUCCGGCUGCGACACCCAAGUACCACGGCUCUUCCGUUUUAUUGAGCGGGCAGACCUGGCAGAACGAGAACUUGCUAGGUUCCCCGAAGGAUACCGUACACGUGAGAAUACCAUGGAAAUGGAAAGAAUUUUGCCUAUGCCAAAGGUCGUGCGAAGUUCGCUCGUCGGCCUUGCCCACGGUUCGCAGGACAUCUUGGAUAAAAUACCGAAUAAACACUGUCUUCUUCGGACCUAUCUCGGCCGUAGCCCACCAAAGAAUGAGACCAACUCUCUGCGAAACUAUCCCUUGGAUCUGGAAACGAUGGAGUCUCUGGGUCUCGACGUUGAUCACGUUGCCGACUCGAUGGGCGCGGCCUUUGCAAUCAUGCAUUGGGGCGCAGGCAUCAACGGCGAUGAUGUCGAGUUUGUACUGGGAACAAAACUUUUGUCUCAAAUCGAGGAUUUCAUCCAGGAGCGAAAAGUCUUAUUUUAUCUGCUCGAUUUCGGGCAGUGCGAUUUCGUGGAUUUGACAGAUGAGGAGCCAGCCACAGUCUAUCAGGCAUUCAAGGGCGCCAUGGUCACGGGAGACAACCAGUUGUUCGUCCCAAACCUUGUGCAGCGCCCAGAUCUGUACAAGUCGUUUAGAGAGGGGUAUAUCAGGGCUGGAAAAAUUGUCUUGCAGCAACGGAAGCUCGGUCAUGUCUUUGAUGUGGAGACUUUUCUGGCACAAUAUGAAGAGUACGCACAAGAUUUCUUAUAG